AUGUCCCAAGUAGUAGCUACGGACACGCCGACUUUGCAAGGCGCUGCCGAGCAAAAGCGCCCCAUCCCCUAUCGGAACUUGGCGGUCGGCGCGUUGAUGAACAUCUUCCAAGUUACUUCUCUUGGUCAGCCACUAGAAGUAAUCAAGACCCAUUUGGCAGCAAACCGGCAAGACACAUUGCGGGAUGCAUUCCAGAAGACUUGGUCCCGCGGACGAUUUCUUGCUUUUUAUCAGGGGCUAAUACCGUGGGCUUGGCUGGAAGCCUCCACCAAAGGCGCCAUUCUGAUAGUGACAUCAAGUGAGAUCGAGUACUAUGCUAGAGCAAAGUUCAAUGCAUCACCUACUGUCUGCGGAGUCCUGGGUGGAAUUGGCGGCGGUGUUGCUCAAUCUUAUCUGACAAUGGGAAUGACGACAUGCAUGAAAACAGUCGAAGUGACCCGCUCCAAGAUGAGUGUUGGGGGUGCCAAAGUACCGGGAGCGCUAGAAAUGUUCUUUCAAAUACUUCGCGAAAAGGGAAUUCGAGGAGUGAACAAAGGUGUUAACGCCGUCGCGCUACGACAGGUCACGGGUUGGUCUUCUCGGAUUGGUAUUUCCCGUUUUGCCGAAGAAAGCAUCCGCAAGGUCAAUGGCAAGGCGAAGGACGAGAAGCUUAAGUUUGGGGAGAAAAUCCUGGCAUCCACGAUCGGUGGCGCAUUGAGCUGCUGGAACCAGCCAUUCGAAGUGCUGCGCGUGGAAAUGCAAUCUAUGAAGAAUGACCCUGCCCGGCCAACUUCUCCGACAAUUCUGUCCACUUUCAAGUAUAUCCUUGCGACGACCGGAGUUAAGGGCCUAUUUCGCGGCGUGGUUCCUCGCAUCGGGGUUGCGGCGUGGGCUACGAUCUGUAUGGUAGGAUUCGGGGAUACCGUUAAGGAGAUUUUUAAUCGCAGACAAAUCACGGCAAAUUGA